GGAGGCUGUAUCCCACUCGGUCACAAGGAAGAUGGAUUCAGUUUGCAUCUCUUCCCGCUUUCAACAGCUUCUCCGGGUCUCUGCAUGGGCUUCCAGGGCAGCGGCUAAGGAGACCUUACCAAGGAACACCACGCACUAGAUGCUGAAACAUCGCACUCCGGGAUAAGAAGCAGUAACAUGGCAGCACCUGUUUGAAAGGAAUUAAAAACCAAUAGACUCCAUUCAGAAAAGAACAAUGUCCAAGAAAGGGCGAAAUAAGGGCGAGAAGCCCGAGGCGCUCAUUGUCGCCCUUCAAGCUGCCAAUGAAGACCUCAGGACCAAGCUCACAGACAUCCAGAUAGAGCUGCAUCAAGAGAAGUCCAAGGUAUCUAAGCUUGAAAGAGAGAAGACUCAAGAAGCAAAGAGGAUUCGUGAGCUGGAGCAGCGCAAGCACACGGUCCUGGUGACAGAACUGAAAGCCAAGCUCCACGAGGAGAAGAUGAAGGAGCUGCAGGCUGUGAGGGAGAAUCUCAUCAAGCAGCACGAGCAAGAAAUGUCAAGGACAGUGAAGGUGCGGGAUGGGGAGAUCCAGAGGCUCAAAUCGGCUCUGUGUGCCCUCCGGGACGGCAGCAGUGACAAAGUAAGGACAGCGCUCACCAUUGAGGCCCGGGAGGAGGCUCGAAAACUGUUUGAUGCGGAGCGCCUUAAGCUCUUACAGGAAAUUACGGACCUGAAAACUGCCAAGAAGCAGGUGGACGAGGCUUUAAGCAAUAUGAUCCAAGCGGAUAAAAUCAAGGCUGGAGACCUGAGGAGUGAGCAUCAGUCCCACCAGGAAGCCAUCUCGAAGAUCAAGUGGGAGUCAGAGCGAGAUAUUCGGAGGCUGAUGGAUGAAAUCAAAGCCAAGGACAGGAUCAUCUUUUCCCUAGAAAAGGAACUGGAGACUCAAACAGGCUAUGUACAGAAACUCCAGCUGCAGAAGGAGGCUUUGGAUGAACAACUCUUUCUGGUCAAGGAGGCUGAGUGUAACAUGAGCAGUCCGAAACGAGAAAUUCCAGGCAGAGCAGGAGAUGGCUCCGAACACUGCAGCAGUCCUGAUUUGCGAAGAAAUCAAAAGAGAAUAGCUGAAUUGAAUGCCACUAUAAGAAAAUUAGAAGACAGAAAUACCUUGCUUGGAGAUGAACGAAAUGAAUUGUUAAAACGUGUGAGGGAAACCGAAAAACAGUGUAAACCUCUUCUGGAAAGGAACAAGUGCCUGGCCAAGAGAAACGAUGAGCUGAUGCUGUCUUUGCAGCGCAUGGAAGAGAAACUAAAAGCCGUCACCAAGGAAAAUUCAGAAAUGAGAGAAAAAAUAACAUCCCACCCACCCUUGAAGAAAUUAAAAUCUCUGAAUGACCUCGAUCAAGCCAAUGAAGAACAAGAGACAGAGUUUCUGAAACUUCAGGUCAUCGAACAACAGAACAUUAUUGAUGAGCUCACCAGGGACCGAGAAAAGCUCAUCCGCAGGAGAAAGCAUAGAAGAAGUUCCAAGCCAAUUAAGAGGCCUGUUUUGGACCCAUUUAUUGGCUAUGAUGAGGACUCCAUGGAUUCAGAGACGUCAUCCAUGGCCUCAUUUAGAACAGACCGAACACCAGCUACUCCUGAUGAUGACUUGGAUGAAAGUUUGGCAGCUGAAGAAUCUGAGCUGCGAUUUCGACAAUUAACAAAAGAAUAUCAGGCCCUCCAAAGAGCGUAUGCCCUCCUGCAGGAGCAGACUGGAGGCAUCAUCGAUGCUGAAAGAGAGGCCAAGGCUCAAGAACAACUCCAAGCAGAAGUGCUCAGGUAUAAAGCCAAAAUUGAAGAUCUGGAAGCGACUCUGGCUCAGAAAGGACAGAUAGAAAAACAGGAGGCAGAAAAUCACCGGUUACAACAGGAACUGCAGGAUGCCAGAGACCAGAAUGAGCUGCUGGAGUUUCGAAACCUAGAGCUAGAAGAAAGAGAGAGACGAUCUCCUCCAUUUAAUCUACAAAUUCACCCAUUCUCAGAUGGUGUGAGUGCUCUACAGAUCUACUGUAUGAAAGAAGGUGUCAAGGAUGUGAACAUCCCGGAUCUCAUAAAGCAGCUUGAUAUCUUGGGUGAUAAUGGAAAUUUGAGAAAUGAAGAACAAGUGGCCAUAAUCCAGGCCAGCACUGUGUUGUCCCUGGCUGAGAAGUGGAUCCAGCAAAUUGAAGGAGCAGAGGCCGCUCUACACCGGAAAAUGAUGGAAUUGGAAAGUGACAUGGAACAGUUCUGCAAAAUUAAAGGCUAUCUGGAGGAAGAACUGGACUACAGAAAACAAGCUCUCGACCAAGCAUAUAUGAGAAUCCAGGAACUAGAAGCUACUUUGUACAAUGCUCUGCAGCAAGAAACUGUUAUCAAGUUUGGUGAAUUAUUAAGUGAAAAACAGCAAGAGGAGCUGAGGACAGCAGUAGAAAAGUUACGGCGGCAGAUGCUGAGGAAGAGCAGAGAGUAUGACUGUCAGAUUCUUCAGGAGAGAAUGGAGCUCUUACAGCAAGCCCAUCAGAGAAUUCGUGACUUAGAAGAUAAAACAGAUAUCCAAAAAAGACAGAUAAAGGACUUAGAAGAAAAGUUUCUGUUUCUAUUCUUGUUCUUCUCUCUUGCCUUUAUUCUAUGGCCUUGAUGUCAAGGUGCCUCUAAAGACUAAUCGAAAACAUGGAUAAGACCCCAGAAAGGCAAAUGCUUCUAAACCUUCAAGAUGGCAGAAAUGUUUACAGCAGUGAAAGGGAGAUCGAAAAUUCAGAACUACCCUGUAGCCAGGACUACAACUAUGUAUUUUAAAGCCAUUAUUCAAGGUUUCUUACUUGACAGUUCCUACGUGACCCUGUUGAAAAUCUACAAUAUAUGCUGCAUUUAAUGAAACAUGUAUAUGUCAAACCAGAAGAAAAGAACUAUAAACAUAUAUUGUGUAAAGAAAAAAUUCAGCAAUGGAAACAGUUUCAGCAGAUCAAGCAAAGAUGUCUCGGGCAUAGAACCAAAGUUACAAUGAAACAUUCUACCCCUGCUGUGCAGGGGGUGCCAUUUUACUGUAACACCACACCCCAUGGAAACACUAGUCAUGAAAUAAACAGCAUUUUAAAAAAAUCAAAACAAAACCAACAAAACACAAGGGUGGGUGGGGAAUGAAGCACGAGGAAUACCUAUAAGGAACUAUUUACAAUAAAAUGUUUCAUUUGAAAAGUCUGGUUUCUUACUACAGGGAUUUGCUUUUCUGUCUUUAUUAUUGUUUAAACUCAGGAACAGAGACAUCUGCAGUGUGAACGGGAAAAAGAGCACUCUCCGAUGUGUUUUUCUGCAGAAGGUAGAGCUGGCAACUGCAUUCAUUCCACAGACGACAGAUGAGGAGCAGAUCGCAGUGACCCCGACUACACUGGUGACAAGGCCAAGGACUCAGGCGAACAUAACAUGAAAAAUAAAAGCAGACUUGCUGUUUCCUUGACCUUCCGUCACAUCUGUGUUCCUCCAUGAACAACAGACUGAUCUCAUUCAUAUCGAAAAUUAAGAAGAUAAUGCUCGAAAUCACAAGCUCCCUGACUUAAUUCUUUUUAGAAUGCCAACAUCUAUAGGGAACAUGGGCCAGAGAGCAUCUCUGAAUCUUUCAGUUUUCCAAAUACUGGUGUUCAGACGGCUGCUUAAAAUGCCUGUAAAUAAAUGUUAUGUUAUUUGAGUGAAAACACCAUAGAGGUGAUAAGUUAAACUUCUACCAACUAUUGAGUUUGCCACAGAUAUGUGAAUAUUAAACUAAAUUAUGAUUAUUUUUUUAAAUGGCCUGAUAUACCUAGAGCACUCAAACCUCUUGUCAUAUAGAUCGAUAACUUUUUUUUUUUUUUCCAGAGAGCUGACAACAAAAAGAUAGCUCUACUAUUUUAUAUAGAGGUAACAUUAUGUUACUGAUAAAGUUAUUUUCUACCAGAGUCAAUUAGAAGACUGGGACUUUUCCUAAGUUAUGUAAUACUGAGUCUUAGAUUCAGAUCUGAGAGCAUAUAAGUGUUCCCGAAAAGCUAAUUUUACACCUCAUUUACUGUAGAUAACAAAACAGCCUCAAUUUUUCAAGUCGUCAAGGUUUUAUUUACAGGGCUAGAAUUCCCAUGCAUGGAGAAUGUGUGUAGGGAGCCAGAAACUCUUUUCUAUGAAAUGCUACCCAAAUGCCCCCAUACGUGGGUUCAGUAUCUUCGGUUUUAGCACUGGCAUUUUCAAAGCCAGGACAAUAACUGAAGAAUGUACAAGAACAGCUACAAUGCUGGGCUCCACUUUUCGUUCUUACAUCUACUGAUGACACACAGGUAUCUUUGGCCCAGUCACAUAACCUCUCUGUGCCUCAGUUUCCUCAUCUGCAAAAUGAGGUUAAAAUGCUUUUUCACAAACUUUCUUUUUUGCAAUUCUGGAACAAGAGGUGCUUAAAGUAGCACAAAGUGCUUUGUAAUUAUUAUGACUGCUAUUAUUAUUUGAAUUUCUUGUAUUGUUGAGAAGAAGAGUCCCCUGCGUAAUAAAAUAAUGCUUCAGUUUGGUUAGAUCUAAGCCUGCAGCAAUGAUGCUUUCCCUUCAAACUACCAGGGACAUUACUAGCAAUAAAGAUUGAGAGAUCCAGAGCCAGGAUCUCUAAUAACCUAGAGUAAAUAGAUCAUCUCAUGCUACUGAACAAGGUAGAAUGUGUCAUUUCAGUGAUGAGUAUCUCCCAGCUCUCCUACUGCAUAUGCAAACCAUAAUAUAAAACUCGACUUUUACCGUAGGAGAGCCAACCAUGAAAUUAAGGCCUGGAGUGAACCGAUAGCAUGACAUAAUCCGAUUAUCCCUUUCAUUUGGAGGGAAGGUCCAAUGAUGUGAUUGGGAAUUUACAAAA